AUGCCUCCAGGGCGUCCGCCCAAGCGGCCCGGCGAGCUUGAGAUCGACGGUAUUGAAGGACAAGGGACAAAAUGCAAAUUGCCAAGGUUGGAUCGCGGCGGCACACCAAAUGACUUCUCGAGCGUUGUCAAGAGUAAACUAUCGUCUUACACCAGGACAGGCCAAGCUUGUGACCGUUGCAAAGUACGGAAGAUCCGUUGCGAUGCAUUGCCCGAAGGAUGCUCCCACUGCAUCAACCAAAACCUCGAAUGCUACGUGACAGACCGAGUGACAGGGCGCACAGAGCGUCGGGGCUACAUGCAAGAGUUGGAACGCGAGAAGACCGAUAUGCUCAACCAUAUACGAGACCUCGAGAAACUGCUCGGCUCAAAUGGCGUUGAGGUGAAGCCCUUUGAUGGACCUUUAUUCUUACAAGAUCAAGGCUAUUCCUCGAAUGUCACAUACGAUGCGCAUGGCAAUUCGAUCCAGAGCGCGCCCGUGGCCGAUAGCAAGGACAGUUGGACACAAAUGAGCCCAUCGCUAUGGGUGAAGACUCAAAAACCAGCACCACGCGUCCCUCGUGCACCCGCCAGCUUCUUCGGCAAGAAGUCCGCAGAUGUUCAUUUAGGAGUCUCAACCGACCAUGCUCCACUGAGUUCUAUCAAGGGGACGACUCUAUCAAUAUUGGGUAGUACGAUUGACCUCGGCGCAUUUGAGGCACCAGAUAUGGACGAGCCUCCGGUAGGUGUCCAGGCGAAAUCACCAUUAUACAACAAAUCAACACAAGCGUUCUUACAAUCAUGCACCAAUAUCAAUCCUCAAUUGCACGUGGAAUACCCACCCAGAGCAGACGCUUUCACUUAUGCUGAAUGGUACUUUCUCAUGAUAUACCCUUUUCUUCCAGUCUUGCACAAGCCGACUUUCAUGAAUGUCCUCACGCGCCUAUAUGAUGACCCCAACUUCAAGCCAACUGUCGCCGAGGUUGUUAUGGUGCAUGUGGUCUUUGCUUCGAUUUAUCUCCAGUAUGGGCUUCGAAAUCGCGAAAAUCCAGAGCAGAAGGCUAAGUUAAAGGACCUCUCCAACAAGCAUUAUCAUUUCGCGUUGUCCAAGUUCUUUGACCUGGCCACGUCCAAAACAUUCCAAGAUCUGCAAGCUCUCACAAUAAUCGCCGCCCACACCAGAUCAUUCCCUAAACCGGAUUGCAGUUCUAUGGUCACCUGGAUCUGUCUUGGAAUGGCUCUCGAGCUAGGACUGCACCGGUCCAUGCCGAAUCAAAAAGCAGGCACGCACCUAGAGAAUGAGAUGCGCAAACGUGUUUGGUGGUCCAUCAUUCUGAUGACCGUUACGCUCCACGGGCGUAUGGGAAAGCCAAUGCCUAUUCGCCUCGAAGAUAUGGACGUGGAGUUUCCAGAGAUGAUACCCGACGAACUUCUCACUAAAGAUGGCGUGGAUACGUCGAAGACGGGCAAAUGUCUAUAUGAGAUUGGUAUAGUUGGAUUUCGCAUGACGGCCAUAUACUUGGACAUGUAUGCUACCAUGUACUGCGCCAAGAGAGAUCCAGCCACCUAUCCUGCAAUGGUGGAGGAACUAGAGGCAAGAAUCGCUACCUGGCAAGAAGAACUCCCGGAGUCCUUGAAGCCCUCUGAGUCGAGUGAGGGUCAUGAUGAGAUGUUCGCGCUUUACGCGCAAUAUGUUGUGCACGAAUUCCGCCUUUGUCUUCGUCAUCCAUCUGUUGCCUUGACAGACGACCCGAAAUUCUUAGCGGAAAACAGUCGAGUAUGCGAAAAGGCUGCCAAGGAUAUGCUGAAUGUCGCAUACAAGCUGUACAAGCUCAAGUCUCAAGACUCUACAUGGUACUCGGUGGCAGAAUACGUCGCUGCGAUGUUCACUUCUCUCGCAGUAGUGUGGGAGCGUAGGCAUGAGACAGAUCAAGCUGAGGUCUCAGCUUUACGCGAAGACAUGGAUACGUGGCUGGUCAUCCUUGCGGAUUCAUGUGAUCUGAUGGGAUGCGGCUCAAGCCUGCGAGAUUCUGUAGCAGCUAUUGUUGAUCGAACAGUCACAUGGAUCGAGAAUGAUCGCCUGCGAAAGCUGAAUGGAUCAAUACCGCCUCAGGUAUCGCAAGAGAUGCUUAAGCAGUCACCGCAACAACAGGGCUUUUCUAGAUUGCCCAAUGGGCAUUCCGCGACGAACUCCGGCAACCCAACCUCUCAUACCGACCUAUCCUUAACUCCUAGUGUCGACACACCAAACCCCGGCAUUCCUCCUUCUCGUGGUAACUAUUACGGAGAGCCAACUGCCGAAGCCUCUUAUCCUCCAUUACCUUACAACGAUCCAUCCGGCCAUGAUUCUGGAAAUUUGCCCUACACAACUGAAGAUCCAUACCUCUAUGCUCAGCCAGGUCAAGUGACCGCCGCCCAUGUGCAAACACAAGGACAAGCACAAGCACAAGCGCAAGCACAAACACAAAUCCAACAGAGUCAAACCCCAAUCGGGGACCACAACCCGCUUUCCGCCUUCGCAGCCCAGGCGACGUCGCUGCAACAGCCGUCGUCUGACAUGAUGUGGAGGCAGACCACGCCUGGAGGGAAUACAUGGCAAGAAUGGACCGCUGCCGUCGUUGAUAACCAAGAUCGCUACAGUGCAAACGCUUUGAUGUCUCUCGGGGCGAGCACUAGGCCCAGUAGUGUUGUCAAUGAUGGCGCAUCGCAGCCACAAGGAAUGGGAAUGGGUGGUGGAGGAAUUAACAGUGCCAAUAUUCCUACAACCGGUAACACUCAAUGGCCGUUACUCUUGUUCCACGAUGGGACUGGCAUGGGUGGCACGUGA